AUGGCAGAACAUGUCUUAGGUGACAUCGAAACAUACCGAGUACUUAAAUGUGACCCCACAAAUGACUUUCUUUUGAAAUAUAAAGAAAUUCUGGACGAAGGCCGCAGUGGAGGGUUGCUAUCAGCGGACGAGUAUGAAUUUAUUCUUAACCGUCACCCGAGGAUAGCAACCUUCUACUGCCUGCCGAAGGUCCAUAAGAAUCUGGAGGAACCCCCGGGACGUCCUAUCGUCUCCGGAGUUGAGAAUCUUACGCAAAACGGGAGCUUAUAUAUAGACAAAAUUUUGAGACCUUUUGUCGAAACUUUACCCUCAUAUAUCCGGGAUACGAAGCAAGCUCUUAAUCGGCUCUCAAAUCUUAAAUUUUCACCUACAGUCCAGCUUUGUAGCUUAGACGUAGAAUCGCUCUAUUCCUCUAUCCCUCAUGAAAAAGGGCUUAGCCAUGUGGAAUUCUUUCUUGAUAAACGAGGUAAUAGGGAUGACUCACAUACAGCUUUUUCCCUACGCCUUCUGAGGUUCAUCUUGUCACACAAUUAUUUUUUAUUUAAUGGUAAAAUCUACCACCAGGUGAGAGGUACCGCUAUGGGGACACCUUGUGCCCCUUCAUAUGCGAACCUCCACCUGGGAUGGUGGGAACACUCGAUCCAUACUUCUGAUGUCUUGUCAGAAUACUUACCCUUCAUUUUAUGGUGGGGUCGCUAUAUUGAUGAUAUCCUAAUUGUGUGGCAGGGUACUUCCCAACAAUUUUCUGAGUUAGUUGGAUUACUUAACCAGAACGAUGAGAACCUCCAUUUUACAUCUGAGUUUGGAGGACGUUCUAUUAAUUUUUUAGAUGUGACCAUCACCAUCAAGGAAGAUGGGACUUUUCAAUCUACCCUGUUUAGAAAACAGACGGCCUCUAACUCCCUUUUACAUUGGGAGAGUCACCAUCCGCGACCCCUUAAGGAAGGCAUUUCGGUAGGCCAGUACCUUCGCCUCCGGAGAAAUUGUAGCGACAUUGAGGACUUCAAAAUGAAAGCGAAACAGCUUAGGAUACACUUCAAAGAGAAAGGCUAUCCGAAUCGCUGUUUAAAGAAGGCAUAUAAAAGAGCACUUUUAACUGAAAGGGAUCAAUUACUAUCUGAUCAUCCAGUUAAGUCUGAGGGCAGGGAAUUAGGCACUAUUCGCAUGAUUGCGACAUAUGAUACAGGCUGGUCUGAGGUACGUAAAUCCCCAGAUAGAUUUUGGCCCAUUCUUUUAAAUGAUGUACACUUAAAGGAUGUUUUGGGCCCACAAGUAAAUAUUACAGCUAGACGUGGACGUAAUAUCCGUGACUUGUUGGUACCGAGUCAUUUUUCCACUAAGACACCGAUACGACCUUCCUGGCUGGGAACUCCCCCCUGUGGUACCUACUGCUGUGGCAGGUGUGUAGCCUGUAAGUACAUAUCUAAGGGCUCUAAAACAAUAAGUGACAGUUUGGGCCAAGGGGCUUUUAAGGUUAAAAGCUUUUUUAAUUGUAACACUAAGGGACUCGUAUAUCUUUUGACGUGCUCCUGUGGACAGAAAUAUGUGGGAAAAACAUUUAGAGCCUUUAAGGAAAGAAUAUUAGAACAUGUGAGAUCCCCUAGGAAUCGUCUUGAGACACCUAUUUCUAGACACUUAAAAGAAUGUCAUCAUGGCAGUUCGAAUAAUCUCCGAUUUUGUGGGCUAGAAUUAGUGAAGAGGAAUCCUAGACGUGGAGACUUUGAUAAGAUCUUGAGACAACGUGAGUCUAGAUGGAUCUAUGAACUAAAGACCCUCCAACCUCUGGGUCUGAAUGAAGGCUUCUCUUUUUCCCCAUUCAUUUAGUCAUCUCUGAGAGUUAAUUUCUUCUGAACCUUAUUUAAUUUAAGUCUGAUAUUCAUUUUGGUAUUUAUUUUGGCCUGCCGACGGGAACUACUAUAUAAUGACCACAUAUAUAUUGUGUGGGUUGACUAUUAUCUUUUUGACUACAUAAUUUAUGAUUUAUGUUUUCCUCUGUUAUUUCCUUUUUAUUUAUCUUUUUUCUUCUCUUCCCCCCUCCCUCCUUUCCAUAUAUAAAUUUUUCCUCCCUCCUCUCCCUUUAGCCAUGGCCAUAUAUAUUUGAACUCACUGUCAUAUAGGGAUUUAAUAAUAGUGAUUUAUACACAAUUGUACAUAAAUAUAUCCCCAUCUUGACAGUUCUAAUGAUAAGAGUUUUAUUAAUCUCUUUUUACUCUUUAUUUUGGCUAUUUGGCUCAUGAGGAUUACUUUAUUGGUGUCUAGGGCGGUCUGUUUGUAUAUCCUAGACUCAAAAGGAAGACUAUCGCCGUCCUUAGGCAAUUUGAGCCGGUUGAUUUUUUAGUUUCCUUUUUCUAAGUCCGCGCGCAUGCGCGGGGAUUAUGGACCUCUCAAGACACCGUAGAUUUCUCCUGGCGAGGAGGAAUGAAUAGACGCCCCCUUUUUGUGGACGAACGGUGA